UGAAGGAACAUGAAGUAUUAUUUUCUACCGAAAGGUGGCGACGUUGGGUUUCCAAACACUGUCAGUCACGCAGACCUCAUGCCAGGCUGCUCUCACACACUUCACCGUCCUCACACGACGCUGCGCUUCAUCCUGCACACGUGUAUUUCUGAUAUGUCUGAUAUUUCAUCUGCGAUACGGGAUUAUUUAUUGACUAUUUAUCCGCAGCUCGGUGGAAAAUCAUUAAAAAUGUAAUUUGAUGCAUCUCAUUGCCGAGACAGAGCCGGUUUGGGGCUCAUUAAUUGGGGGGGGUGAUAAUAAUGCAUAAUUAAUGAAAUACACCUGUGAAAGAUAUUUAUCUGUCGACGCGACGAGUGUCAGACGGGUGGAGAGGAAAAGUCUGACGGUGCCGAAACAAACAAUGAGUCUAAAAAUGUAUUUAAAUGAUUAUUUAAAAAACCCGAAUUAUGUGUUAAAUUCUGACGACUCGCCAAUCCAAAAGAGAGAGACAUGCAUAUUUACCAUCAGAUAUCUUCUGUUAAUCCUCCGAAUCUGUUUUCUGUCUUUUAUUUGCUUUUCCUUCUCUUCCGCGCAAAAAAAAAAAAAAAAGUGACAAAAGACGGAAUAUUAAGUCUGGUGUCAAUCUGCUGAUGGGCUCGGACACUUCACAAAACUUUGGGUUUCUAUACUAUUAUGCUAAUUAGCUCCCCAGGCUGAGCUCCUCAUUGGCUGAGUCUCGGUCAAUUUCAUAUUUCAGUGUGACGUCAGGCCGCCUAUAAAACUAAGCAAUGCUUUUUAACUCGUCGGCUGACUGAUCCCCCGGAAAAAAAAAGGGAAAAAAAAUCUAUCAAUCCUUGGGUGGAGUUUUCCCCCCCUUUUUUUUUCAUUCUCCACAAAGCAACUAUUUGCCCGGGACACGUACGUGAACCUCCUCAAUUUGGCGCACUAAUCCUAAAAGGAGCCAUGAAGUGUUAAAUGGUAGAAACAGAGAGAGCGGCGCUCAGACACCCGCACGCUGGGAGAGAGGGAGGAAACAGCGCUACUCUGUGCAACGCAGACUGAAGGAGAGAGAGAGAGAGAGAAAGAAAAAAAAAAGAAAAAAACUUAUCGACGCACGAAACCAAACCUGCGCUGCGCAAUUAGUGCGAGAAAAUCCACUUUUUUCUUCGGUUUUGAAGAAAAUAAAUAAAGAAAUCAAGCUGGCUCAGUGCGUGUCUCAGCAGCCCACUUUGACAGGUGCUCCUCACCCCCUUUGGAGGACUGUCAACAGCAAGAGGAUGGCAUCAGAGCUGGCAAUGAGCAACUCCGACCUGCCCACCAGUCCCCUGGCCAUGGAAUAUGUUAAUGACUUCGAUCUGAUGAAGUUUGAAGUGAAAAAGGAGCCGGUGGAGCCCGAUCGCAGCAUCAGCCAGUGCAGCCGCCUGGUCGCCGGGGGAUCCCUAUCUUCCACCCCGAUGAGCACGCCUUGCAGCUCGGUUCCCCCCUCUCCAAGCUUCUCGGCGCCCAGUCCGGGAUCAGGGAGCGAGCAGAAGGCUCACUUGGAGGAUUUCUACUGGAUGACCGGAUACCAACAGCAGCUGAACCCCGAGGCUCUGGGCUUUAGCCCGGAGGACGCCGUAGAGGCGCUGAUCAGCAGCAGUCACCAGCUCCAGACCUUCGAUGGCUAUUCCAGAGGGCAGCAGUACGGCGGCGCAGCCGGGGCAGCGGGCGCCAUGGCCGGAGAGGAGAUGGGAUCAGCGGCCGCCGUGGUGUCCGCGGUCAUCGCUGCAGCCGCCGCUCAGAACGGGACUCCACACCACCACCACCACCAUCACCACCACCACCACAACGGGGCACACCACCCCUCCUCCGGGUCUCAGUCCGGCGGCGGCGCGGGGGGGAACCACCAGCACUUGCGCUUGGAAGAUCGGUUCUCGGACGAGCAGCUGGUGACCAUGUCGGUGCGGGAAUUGAACCGGCAGCUGCGGGGGGUCAGCAAGGAAGAGGUGAUCCGCCUGAAACAGAAGAGGAGGACGCUAAAGAACAGAGGCUAUGCCCAGUCCUGCCGGUACAAGCGGGUCCAGCAGCGGCACGUCCUGGAGGGAGAGAAGACGCAACUCAUACAGCAGGUGGACCACCUCAAGCAGGAGAUCUCCCGGCUGGCCAGGGAGAGGGACGCCUACAAGGAGAAAUACGAGAAGCUGAUCAGCACCGGCUUCAGAGAAAACGGAGGAUCCGGCAGCGACAACAACCCCUCAUCCCCGGAGUUUUUCAUGUGAGUCUCGGCGCUGAAAGAAAAAAAAAAAGUUUUAAUACCCGACCAUCACAGAGAAACCGAGAAAAAAAAAAUAAAACUUUUAAUUUGCGCGCAGCUAAAAUAGUUUGUGCGUGUUUGUGUUGUGUUGUCGGUAGUUGAGGACAAAAAGAGUUUUAUUCAGUUUUUCUGUAUUUCCAGAAGUGAUUUCUGUUUCAGGGUGAGGUUCUGCUCUUCAUAUGUGUUUUUGUUUUUAGUUUGUUAUAUUUUUUUUGUGCCACAUACUUAAAAUAGGCCUGUUUAAACUCGCUCCCCUCACAUAUUUUAGUGGAUUUAUGUGCGUAAAAAUCAGCUCCCAGUCUGCUGAACAGAUCCGCCCUGACCACCUCACCCUGCGCCUCGUCCAUCCUUCCUCCCCCUCCUUCAGCACCCAGAAUGUGUGUGGUGAAAUGAAACAACCCCCCUCAGGCUCCUGCAGCUUUUUUUUUUUAAUUUUCAUGUGAAUUUAUUUUUUUUAUUUUGUUGUUCUUUUUUUUUUUUUUUUUUAUGAGUCUCAUUUCCAUGUCAUCCAUCCCAUGUGUCUUGUGGAAGAAAUCAAACUGAGUUACAAGAGACGAUUUUUUUUGGGUUGGAGAGAGAGAACUGAUGUCAGACUGUAACAGUCGUGUGAAGCCAUGCAUGCUGGUCAUGUGCGGGAUUUAUGUUUGGACUUUUAUUUCCUUUUUUUUUUUUUUCCUUUUGCUUAUUUUUGUGAACUUGUGUAUGAUGAUUGUAUUGCACCAUGACUGCAUCUGUUCAGCUCUCAUCACCUUUUUUGGGGAGGGGAUUUAUUUGUAAGAAAAAAAAAAGAAAAGAAAAAGAAAAGAAAGUGUGAACAAGUGCAUCCAUCCGUCAUUUUCCUUUCAUAAAACCUCCCCGUUAAUCAUGGACCCUCCAUCAUUUUUCUCCACAAGCUUCUUCUGAAGCCUUGUGAGGAGAAAAAAAA